AUGGAGCGUUUAAUUAAUGCCACCACACAUCUGACCGCCCAUCACAUUGCCACGCAUAUCAAUACGCUGGUCAUACGCAGUAACUGCCACGGCUGUGAUCGGCAGCAGCAGUGGCAGCAUCGCCAGGUCAUGCAACAAUUGCUGCAACAGCUGAUGCCACAUCUCACGGUGCUGCUGCACAAAGGCAGCGAGGAUGAGCAUCCAUGGGAGUAUACGCUGUUCGUUGUCAAUCAGGCAGACAGCUUUCACGAGGAUUGCCAGCCAGGCAUUAAUAUUUACACCGCCAACAGUUUCAAUCGCCAGAGCGGACGACCCCAGCGUGAGGAGCUGUUUCCGCUGCGCUUUACAAAUCUAAGCAAUUGUGCGCUGAAUGUAACGGCGCAAUCAGCUGCCGGCCGCAAUUUUAUGUAUCGCGCGCCAGCUGGCGACGCUGCGCUGCCAAUGGACGGCGCGCUGGUUGCGCCGCAGCUGCUGCGCGGCAUCGAUGGCGAACUGCUGCAGCUGCUGGCGCAGGCGUUGAACUUUCGCAUACGUUUGCUGCUGCCGCGCGAGGGCAGCGAAAUCUUUGGCGCCGAUAAUGUGACCGGCUGCUUUGCGCAGCUGGCGCGUGGUGAAGCGGAUUUGGCCAUAGGCGGCUUGAGCGGCAGCGAUCAGCGCCGGCGUCAGUUCUUCACCUCAAUGGUUUAUCAUCAAAGCAAUUUUGUAUUCGUUGUGCGCACUGAGCGUUUCUUUGGUCGCUUUGGGCAGCUGGCGCGUCCGUUUCGCGGCAAGGUUUGGUGCUUUUUGUCGCUCACUGUGGCGGCGGCGCUGCUGUGCACGCGCGCGCUGCGCGAGCCGCUGCAGCUGCGGCAGCCGGUGGAGUCGCUGCUGGGCAGCAGCAUUGGCAACUCGACGCCCUGGCGCCGUUUGCCGCGCUGCAGCUUUCCGCGCUUUCUAUUCGCCAGCUGGCUGCUGUUGACGCUGGUGCUGCGCGCCGCUUACCAGGCCAAGCUCUGCAAUGUGCUGCGUCUGCAGCGUCAUCAGCCGCUGCCCAGCGGCUUGGCAGCGCUGCUGCAGCGGAACUACACGCUGCUCAGCACUGCGCACUACGAUUUCUAUCCCAAGCAGCUAACGCGUCUUGUUGCGGGCAAUUUCUCUGCGCGUUUUGAGCAAGUGCAGCAAAGCGCGACGCAGCCGCUUGUCACCAUCGCGCUGAUCAACAAUUUGCUGCACUACAAUCGUUUGCAUCGCAACAGCAGCCGCUUGACGCAAGUGCGCGAGCCCAUUUACUUAUUUCAGCAGGUCAUUUAUUUUCCCAACAAUUCUAUAUUUAAAUACAGCAUCGAUCGCAAGAUCGAGCAGCUGCUCAGCUCUGGCGUCAUUGCGCAUAUUGAGCAGCGAUAUUUGCGCUACAAUUUGGCCGAGCUGGGCAACUAUCAAACGGACGGCACUGAGCGCAUGACCAAUGCCAUGUUCGGCGGCGUCUAUCGCUGCUAUGCGCUGCUGCUAGCGCUAGCUGGCUUUAUAUUCUGUCUAGAGUGCUUAUCGCUGCGCUGGAGCUGCGUGCAGCAGCUGCUCAGUUGGUUGCAGUAG